AUGUACUUUCUUUCUCAAGCCACUCUGUUGGCGGCAUGCUUCCUCACGGCUAGCAACGCUUUGUUUUGGGAGGGCAAAAGAUCCGAAUCGCGUCCUGAUGCUGUCUCUAUCUGGAAUGACUGGCCAGUUCCGGCUCCUGCUCCUGUCUCCAGUCUGUCUGGCCCGGAGAAUGGCUGGGGUCGAGUCCCACCCACCACACUGAAGACUACGACGAGCCCGUCCAAGAGUACCAAAACCACGUCGCCUACCACCAAAUCAACGUCGAGCCCUAGCGUGAGCACGACCUCAAGCACGAGAACGAGCUCUCCUACUCCUACCACAACAUCUACUACGAGUACAACUACAACCACAACAACUACAACUAUAACUACUACAACUUCUACUACAACUACUACAACUUCAACUACUACUACAACUUCAACUACAACUACAACCACCACCCCCGCCGUCCCAACCGGCUGCAACCCCAGCGGCGUCCAACCGGUCUUCCUCCUCCUAGCCAGCGGCAGCGGCACCGCCGACGACGGCGAAUACGUCUCCGUCGUGGACGAAACGGCCGAGUUCUCCGACAUAGUCGGCGCCACCGAGUUCACCUUCAACGAUGCGUGCAACUUGAUCGACGUCGAGACCGGCGAGCCUCUGCAGACCCCUAUCACAGGCGGCUUCUCGAGAGUAUUCUUCUUCGAUAGCGGCGACAACGCGGUGUGUGACAUCGUCGACGGGAACCUUGAUUGCGGCACGACCUUUUUCGUGUUUGCCAGUGAUCCGACGUAUUUAUAUGAUGGAGACGACGUUGAGGGGCCGACGAUCACGUUGACAGAGGUUUUGGUGGCGUGA